GAAGAAGAAGGCGCAAGCCUACUGCUGGGUUUGUUUACAUCUGUGUUUUCACGUAAACUCCCGCAAACUUUCGCUACGUCAGAAACAUCCCACGUGGUAUUUGCGGUUUGUUAAAUCCGUGGUGAUUAUCCAGAUUUUUUGAUAACCAGCGGAAUAUCUAGUUUUCUGACGUUGUUAGCUUGAAGCAGCUAGCAAGCCAGCGGAGCUAACAUGCUAACAGGCAGCUAGCAGCAGGUUGUUGGGUCUGUGCUUCUCCCUGAUGAGCAGACAUCACCUCUUUAUUAGUGUUAAGAUAAAAAAUAAUCUGUUCCACACAUUCAAUCAGUUUAAAACCAGUUUAAACACUGAUGUGCGUGUGGGCUGGUUUAUGUUCGUCAUGGACAGUUUUCCAAUGUUCUCUUCAUUCAUAGUUACUAUGAAAUACUAACUUGAGGGCUACAGGUGUUGUGUCAGUCCAUCGCUGCACAUGAUGACCACAGAGCCAACAAGCCUGGAGAGCCAGGAGAGCCAGGAGAGCCUGGCUCUCCAGGAGGGCCUGGAGAGCCAGGAGAGCCUGAGUGUGCUCUACCAGAGCGAUGACUUCAUUGUGGUGGACAAGCACUGGGACAUCCGCAUCGACAGCAAGAUGUGGUACGAGAAACACACCGUGCAGACUCAACUCCGGCACCGCUUCCCUCAGCUGGCAGACCCGAGCACCUACUACGGAUUCAGGUUCUGUCAUCAGUUGGAUUUCUCCACCAGUGGGGCUCUUUGUGUUGCCCUCAAUAAAGCUGCAGCCGGCCGCGCCUACCGCUGCUUCAAGGACCGCACUGUCACUAAAGCCUACCUCGCCCUGGUUCGGGGCUACGUGGAGGAACAGACUCAAACUCUGGACUUCUCCAUCGGCAAAAACUCCUCAGAGGGAAAAACACACAUGAUGUGUAUUGAGGGAACAGAAGGCUGUGAAAACCCAAAGCCAUGCCAAACCGGGCUGACAGUGCUGGAGUACGGGCUGUAUGAUGGAGAUCCUGUGACCAAGGUGCUCCUGCAGCCGCUCACUGGCCGGACCCACCAGUUAAGGGUCCACUGCAGCGCGAUUGGCCACCCCAUCGUUGGUGACUUCACCUACAGCUCAGGAGCAGACGACUCCCCGUACCGCAUGAUGCUGCACGCCCACCUCCUCCACAUUCCCCUGGAGCCUCAGCCCCUGCUGGUCUCUGCCGGAGAUCCCUUUCUCCCCGCGGUGGAUCCCAAGUGGCUCCCGGAGCGCACGUUACGUACAGUGGAGGCCACUGUAGAGGCCCUGCUGGAGCGCAAGCUGGAGGAGGACAGGAAGACCAAAGAGGAGGAGAAGGAGAGCGCGAGAAAAGAGGAGGAGAGGAGAAGGAAACGUCGUAAGGAACAGAGGACUGAGAAGGAGAGCGAGGAGCAGAGGAGGCAGUGUCAGGAGUGGUUGAGCGAAUGGGCUGGAGACUGAUAACAAGUCUUUUUUGUUGCUAUUUAUUUUAAUUUAUUUUAGCUUUUUACUUAUGAAGGCCACGUUGAACGUAGAAGCUACACCAGUGUUGUUUUUUAACCUUAAUUCCCUCUCAAACCAGCUGUAAACAUUAGGUUAGAAAUAUUACUUGUGUGAACCUGUAAACUUCUUUUAACAAUUCAAACCACUGACAUAUGCCCACGAAUGGACCAGCUCCUUACAAAUAAGUGCCUUGCUCAAGUUUACAUGUAUAGUUUUCAAUUAACCUAUUCCUGUCGAUUUAUUAAGCUGAGCAGAUCAUCUCAAUGUACCAAAGUUCUGAGCCCCUGAUUCACAGAAAUUCAUGUGAAAAUCAAAAUGUUAGUUUCCAACCCCCUUUCUCUGUCUUUGUCAUGUUUUAUUGUGUUACAGCUUUCGAGUACACUAUUAAAAAUAAAAAGCAUUUUGUGUUAAUGUUAAAAAAACUGAUCUCUCCAAACUAAGCGUUAAUAAAAAUGUACUAAACCAAAAUCGGUGAUAAGUUUUUUGUCUUCAACAUUUUAAUAAACUAUGUCUGACCAGAAA